GAUCUUUAUGCAUCUCAGCAGUAAAUACAAGUACUGCUCUCUGGAGCUGAACUGGAGUGAGAGUCAACAGGUUAUCAUCGGCCAGAUCAGCAAAAUACUCGACAAGGCAGUAUCGAUCAGUCUAUCCGGUGGACACUGGGACGAGUCUGAAAAUUGGUCAGUGUGGAAUAUAAAGCCACGGGAUAUAUCAAAAGAAGAAGCUGAGUCUCUUGCUGAUUAUGACGAACCACUCCCUGAAAUUAAAACCUUCAAGAGCGUCAAGAGAGAUUGGCUCCACGAAGUCGAGGUCAGGGCAAGACUCGAGUCCGCAAUGAAAGGCUUUUUCGACCGUUACAAGCUCAGCACCAAAGCCAAGGCAAUGAUCAGGGAACUAAUUGAUAUAGCUCGCAAUAGAGGCCAUGAUCAGAAUAGUGAUGACGAAGCUGAUUCUGGUCAGCCCAGGCCUCCUCCGACCCUGGCCGUGUCUGAUAUACGCGCUUAUGAAGUGGACUAUGUUUUUGGAUUGGAACGCAACCACAAUCGAAAGGAGGUCUGGCACCUAGACGCUUCAGAGAAAAGAGUCAUCCCUAAAUAUCUCAGUCAAGUUUUGGAAGACUACAAGCUCGCUUUUGGCAUGGCACAUCAGAAUGAAACCCAAGUUAGGACUUCGGUAACUGCUCUUAUGUUCGCUAUUCUUGCCGAGAAAAAGCGACAAGGGCUAUUUCAACAUCAACAGGAGAAGAGCCCAGACAAUUCCCCCAGUUACAACUCCAUCCGGUGGGGCGUCGAAGAUGAGUUCUCAGCCCCGUGGUUGUACAAGGAGCACCGUAGGGUGAUUCGCGGCACAGUGGACAAUAUCCUCUGGUACGGCAACCAGGAGAAGAUGGAAGGAAAUACGGUGGUGGUGGUCAAGACUAUAGGGAAUUUGAGUGCAGGCCUAUACGAGGCGAUAUCGUAUAUGGCAAUCCUGAAGCAGCUCCGCAAACAGGCAGGGUGUCCAACGACAGCAGUAUAUGGAAUCGCCACAGACAACGACGAUUGGUAUUUUAUUCGUAUCUGUCCUCGAGAUACGCUAUCGUACAAGUCGGUGGGCUGGGGGAACGAGGCGGAGGCUGUUUCUUACCUGCAUAAGUUUAUGGAUUAUGCUGCAGGUCUUGUUUCUUCAAGCCAGUCAACAGGUCAGUGUGCUUGAAC